UAUAAGCCCGAUCAAUUGUAAUUACGUAAUUACACAUAGUUGCAAAUAAACUACACAUUUAUUAAGAUGUUUCUUAUGUGACCUAUUUGGUACUUAAGUUGGAUAUAACAUGAUAUUUUCAUCAUGUCAGAAAUUCAAAGAAAAUUAAAAAGAAUGAAAAAGAUAAAAUUAACUAAAAAUGUAUAGUUGAUAAUUUCUCGGCUGUUAAUUACAAUUGAUAUAUAGCACGCAGAUUACGAUGCGUUUUCGCCACUCGUAUCAGGGAGGUUGUGACAAAUAUAAUGACAAGAGCGAAGUACAUGUUACGGGAAAUGAGUGUUAUAAGCGAAUAUGUUAAUCGUGUGUUAUAAUAUAUAUAUAACAGUAUCUUAGGGACCAGGGAAUUUUAUAAGUCACGAUCGAUAAAACUAAUGCACUACUGAACGAGGACUACUGAUGCAAGAAAUGUCUAAAAAUUCAGGGAGAUCAUUUGUAUAUGCAUCUUUAUUACAAUUAUUACGAUUAUUCUCGUAGAGCUAUAUCUUUAGCAUCUAGUAAGCUGCACGAUAUCAAGACUACAUUUUAUUGAUAUUUAGUUUAUUGAGUAGAAUAUUAAAAUCUGUGAUUUUUAUUAAAAAAAUGCGAAAAUGAAAAUCUUAAUUUAUUAAAGUGGAACUAUUGCUAUUGUCCAUCAUUAACACAUUUAUUUUAUUACAAUGAUCAUUUUUACUUGCUCGGAAUAUAUCACAACGUUAAUGUUUUUUAUAAAUAAAAAUAUAUAUAGAAAGAAAUUAAUAAAAUCACUGACAAUAUCUUGAAAGUAUAUUGUGAUGUAAAUAAGGAAGCUCUUAAAAAGUGAUCUAAAUCGAAUCAAUGCGGAAAUAUGAAUGAUAUAAGUGUCCAGUCGACUAAAAGUAAUAUAUAACAUCUAUAUUAUAAUUUCGCAUCCAAUAUAAAUAUAAUAUAUAAUAUCGCAGUUAUACAUUUAACAGUUAUACAUUUUGGUCAACUGGAUGGACUUCUUGCUUUGGAAGUUCGUCCUCUUAAAUUUUCACAUGAUAUUAAAAUUCAAUUGAGUCUGAAAUCCAUGGGAUAGAAAAAGAAGAAUAAUUAUAACAUUGUUGAAAGUAAAAUUAUAUAGAUCUUAUAUUACUCUUAGUUGAUUUCAGCUGAGAGUGGUAUAUAAUUACUUGAUUUAACACUUUAACAUGAUUUUACUGAUAAAUAAUUUUUAAAAUAAAUAAUUGUGAUAUCAAGAACAGCAAUUCCUAUAAAUAUUAGUCAAAGUAAAGCGUAAUCAAGUUCUAUCUCUUUAUUGUCUAGUUUGCUCUAUCGACAGCUUGCUAAAUACGAAAGUCAUAUACAUUGUAGGUCUUCCUGCAGCUCUCCCAUUCCAGCUAAGUCACUCGUGUUCGAUAUCGGUAUCGGAUUACUUUGGUGCUGUGGUACGGUGCGUACCGCGACGAAAACCGGUCCAGAUUCUUACUACGAACAUUGUCCUAGUACUGCGGCAGUGCAAGUGAGCAAUAUGAAUCCUGCAAGUGCAACGUCGUGGAAAAAUGGAAAUUCGGGGCUGUCGUUGCUCUUUGCCACUCUGUGCAUCAUUGAUAUUUUCGGCGUAUUCCCGAUAAUUGCGUUACCACGAUCAAUCGUCCAGUGCGGAUUGUACGGAAUCCCUUUGGUACUCGUUGUCUUUGGUUUGCAAAUUUACACGGCCAUUCUACUAGGGAGAUCAUGGAUUAUCGCGAUUGCUCUGGAUCCGCAGAUUUCACAAAAAAAUCGCUAUCCUCUCGCCGCCGUGACGGAAUUAACGAUGGGACAGCGUGCACGAUCCAUCGUCACUCUGUUUUUGGAUUUGACGGUUUUUGGUUGUAGCAUCCCGAAUUUGUUAGUUGCUUCGCAGAAUUUGCACCUGUUCGGACUUAAGGUAUCAGGACAGCAUUUCGAUCUUUCUUUUUGUUAUUGGCUGUUAAUAGUCGGUCUUUUACUUUGUCCAUUAAUGUGGCUGGGCAGUCCGCAAGACAUGAAAUUGGUCGCAAUGUGUUCUAGUAUAACAGUUACUUUAACAGCAAUAUUAAUAUGGUGGAGCAUUGCAAAUGACGACCGAGCAUUUAAUGUUACACCAAUUACCUCUUCACCGACAUGGGAUAAAUUUAUUUCCGGAUAUGGUAUGCUAGCUUUUCAAUUCGACGUGCAUCCUACUUUAAUGACCAUACAAGUUGAUAUGCGUCAUCCUCGAGACAUUGAUAAAGCCAUCUUCUUUUCUUUUAUGGCAAGCGGAUCGUUGUUCAUCAUCACUGCUUGUUUGGCCGCAUGGAAAUAUGGUGGCAAUAUAACUGCCAAUAUUUUGGAAGCUGUGCCAUCCGGAUCGGUUGCGAACAUCGUUAUUCUAUUAGCCGCUCUUCAAUUAUGCUUCUCUAGCGUAAUCGGCUAUUCGGCGCUUUUUCAACAUCUGGAAGACCAAUGGAACAUACAAAGAACUUUCGGAUGGAAACGAUGCGCCAUGAGAUCAGCGGUGGUUUUUCUCAGUGUGGUUGUAGGCGAAUCGGUACCGCGAUUCGACAUCGUCAUGGCUCUUAUUGGUGGAUCGUUGACCGGAUCAUUGGUUUUUGUUUUACCGCCUUUGAUAUACACCCGAGCACUAGCUUUGAAGAAACAAUCGAAUCAUGUGAUUGCCGAAGAACAGAUCUAUCCAGGUUCUCGCAAAAGAUUCAAUGGCGAAGAACAGCACUUGAUGGAUCCUGAAGCUCAUUCCCGUUCAAUUUAUUAUGGUUUCUUAAGUGCCACGAAUAAUUCUCGCAGCUAUACAUAUCUCUAUUUCAAUAAUUUGGAUGAGGAGACAAAUUCACAUUCGAGCGAAUUCGACAAUUAUUACGAGGAUGAACAUAAAGACGAAGUCACUCAAAUUCCAAUGACUAGUACUUGUCAGGAAGAUCAGCCACUUCUAGAUGCCACGGAGCCAACCAGAAGUCGAAUCAGGAAGUUUACGAAUGAUUCGCAAGAACAAACCGCAGAAACGGUUGUGAAGAGGAAAAAUGUAUGGAAUCUGGAAAAGGCAAUUAAUUACUUCGACUAUUUUAUAGUGACGAUAGGUAUAGUAAUCACGCUGUCUUCGACAUAUGUCAAUAUUUGGUAUACCAUACGUUAUGUGCGUUUUACGCCACCGUGCAUCAUUAACGCUACAUGGGAUAAACCUUCAUAGUUUGAUUUCAACCAUAUAACAUUUGCAUUUUAUCAUGUAAUUUAUCGAGUAUGAAGAAUGAUAAUUUCGGAUGUAUGUAUAUUAAGAUUAAAUAUUUUGUGAGUGUUAAGAAUAUCAAGCGAUACACUGUAAUUUAUCAUCACACACACACACACACACACACACACACACACACACACACACACAGGGUGUUUGGAAAUUAGUGAUAAGUUUUUCGCACAGGGGCAGAAUGGAUUAAACUGAGAAGAAAAGUCCUCUACCAUCUGCUUCAUAGAGUAUAAUCCUUUUCCAAUCAAUCUGUAAUAAAAUUUCAAUUUGUGAUUA